CCUUAAAAAGGCGGCAAGCAUCCUCGUGUGGAGACAACAACAACAAUGCUGAGCUGGAGCUCCGCGGUCCCGAUCCCGGAGCCGGACCCCCCCGGGACCACCGUGAUGUCCCGCAGCUCGGUCCUGCGGGCCGUCGUGGCGGAGCAGCUCUCCGCCGCCGCCCGGGAGAUCCUGGCGGCGCUGGAGAGAACCGUGGCCGACUACGAGAGGGAGGCGGCGGGGUUCAGGGAGACGAUCGAGGGGCAGAAGAGCCAGCUGGAGGAGCUGGAGCUGCAGAAGACCCGGAGGGGGAGGACGGAGCCCCGGGAGGAGCCGCAGCUGGAGGAGCUGGAGCUGCGGGUCAAGGAGGAGGAGGAGGAGCCCGACGACCAGCAACUGUUUCUUCUCUGCGGAGCUGGAGGACCUGAAGUUCCCGUGGAGUUGGAGCGGAUCAAAUGCGAAAUAAGGGUGGAGGACAGCCGCAGCCUGGCAGGACUCUGGGACCCCCAGGACCCCCCGGAGGGGGGCGGCCUAGACCACUGGGACCAUCAGGACCACCAGUACCACCAAACACCCUCCAGGUCUCCACAGGUCCAGUCCACCGGGACUCCAGGUCUCCACCAAGACCAGGACCUCGUAGACCUCAGGAUCCGGAUCCUGGACGACCCUCAGAUCCAGGUUCUCUCACGGAAAGUGUUCGAGCGGUGCCCCCUCCACGAGCUGGCCUGCCCCGCGGGCUUGCAGGAGUCCGGGUUCCUGACCCUGCUGCGAUCCCGGUUCCCCCAGCUGGACCAGAACCGGGCCUUCGGGGCCUUCGUCAUGGACCGGAACAAGAAGCUGCAGCCGCUGCAGGUCCGGAAUCUGAUCCCCGAGGAGAUCCGGCGGAACGCCGGGACCUCGGCCCUCUACCUCCGCCUCAAGCAGGUGGAGGAUGUCCCGUUGUCCGUGACGACCCAGAUUAAAGAAGAAGAUGCUGCCAGGCCUCUGUGCCCCCCCAGCGCCGGUCCUGGUCCCCCCAGCCCUGGUCCUGAUCCCCCCAGCCCUGGCCCUCCCAGCCCUGGUCCUCCCAGCCCUGGUCCUGAUCCCCCCAGACCUAGUCCCCUCAGAACCGGUCCAGCCCUCAUACCGGACUCAGAUCCCAGACCCGGGUCUCCCACGCAGAACCCGGUCCAACCCGGGCCGACGGACCCGCCGGCCCCCCCCACCGUGGUCCUGCGGCUCCGGAUCCUGGAGGACCGCGUGACCACAAUCUCCCCGGCAGUGUUCCGGAGGUUCCCGCUGCACCAGCUGGAGGUUCCCGGGGGCCUGCAGGAACCGGACUUCGUGGCCCUGCUGCGGUCCCGGUUCCCCCAGCUGGACAAGGGCCGGCCCUUCUCCUUCCUGGUGACACACGGCCGGCAGAUGAGGCCCCUGAGGCUCCCGGGGGGGGCCCUAACCCCGGAGGAGAUCCGCCGGAGCAUCCGGAGCCAGGUGCUGUACCUGCAGCUGCAGAGAAAGCCCAAGGUGGAGGACCCCCCCCAGCCUGAAGACCCCCCCCAGCUGGACGCCGUGUUCUACAUCCGGCUCAAGGAAGAGGGCGGAGUCCAGACCAAAGAAGGCGGAGCCCAGACCAAAGAGGGCGGAGCCCACACCAAAGAGGGCGGAGUCCAGACCGACACCAUGAAGCACCACUCCAGCGACGAGAGCCGGGUCUCUACGCCGUUCGCUUGUCUCUUCUCUGGUUGCCACGGCAGCAGAACCCCACAGACCCGGGACCAGGACCCAGACCAGGACGGGGUCCAGGACCAGAACGGGGUCCAGGACCAGGACCAGGACCAGGACAUAGACGGGGUCCAGGACCAGGGCAGCGACUCGGACUGGGUGGACCCGGAGUCCCGGCGCAGCGAAGAAGUCCCGAAGAAGCCGGAGAAAAGGAAGAGGAAGAGGAGGAGGGAGGUGGCGGUGCAGCGCCCGGCCGCGGGCCCCCCCCAGGACCAGAACCAGGACCAGAACCAGGACCAGAACCGGGACCUGCUGGCCUGCAGGGUCUGCCGGUGCCUGCGCGGCUCCAUGAACAUGCUAAUCAAACACGCCUGGAGCCACCUAGACGAGGGGGUGGGGCCCCGUGGAGAGGGGGCGGGGCUCCUCUGUGGCGUCUGUGGCCUGCGGGCACCGUCGGCGGAGCAGCUGCGCCUGCACCUGCAGUCGCACCUGCAGGCGCGCCGGCAGACCCUCACCUGCGGCGUCUGCGGCAAGGCCUUCCUGACGGCGGCGGGCUUCCGCGGCCACAUGGCGCGGCACUCGGGCCAGCGGCCGCACGAGUGCAACAUCUGCGGCAAGUCGUUCCCUGAAAAGUCGGUGCUGAAGAACCACCAGCGGGUCCACGCCCGGGACCGGGACCGGGCCCACCGCUGCCGGGUCUGCCGGCGGGCCUUUGGGUCCCGGACGCAGCUGCGGCUGCACCUGCUAGGCCACCCGGAGGGGCCCGGGGGGGACCAGGGGGGGCCCAAGGGCCCCGGCAGGCCCCCCUCCACCUGCCACAAGCCCCUGAGCUGCAGCUUCUGCAGCAAGAUGUUCCUGUUCAAGUCCUGCCUGGCGGCGCACAUGCUGGUGCACGCUGGUGCUAGCUGAGCAGGGACGCUAG